AUGCAAAUUUAUGGUCUUUGUUUUGUGAUUGAAAACGAAGUAAAGCCGAUUCCUUUACAGCAUGUAGUCGUUAAAGCUAAUAUCGUUGAUAUGAUCACCGAAGUUACUAUCAACCAGACUUAUAAAAAUGUUGAAAAGGAUACCAUUGAAGCUCUUUAUAA